AUGUAUUCCCCGACGGUCCCGUUUAGUGAAUAUUUUCACGGAGAACAGCUCAAAUACCCUGAGCUCACGCAGGACGCUAUUGAAACGUUGAAAAAAAGUUUGGAAAACGAAAAUUUACCGCCUAUAACCGGUGAGUCAUUAUAAACAUUAUAUUGGUUAAUUUGUUCAAUACUAUCAAACAGAAAUUCUUGAAAAUUUAACAGGAGGUUCAUUAUAAGUUGUGUUAGUGGUCAAAAAGAAAAAGUUGAAUUUAAUCUAUUUAACUUGAACUUUUUUUUUCUCAACCACCACCGAGCCGGGGGAAAACGCGUUAGCAUUAUUUUCGUCACACCGGUAUACAUUUCUUGUCAGUGCUACUGGCCUAAGGGUGAGGCAGCGCUACUGAGCAGUGUCUACUCGCGGUGUCGUUUUAAUCUAACCUAACUCCGCUCAGAAUCGUCUUUUGUUAGCAAUUUAUAUUUGCGUUUAUUCAAUUUUACCUCUACCUUUUAAGUACAACAGUGGUCUACCUAUCUUGCGAAAUAUUUCAGUUUUUUUAAAUUUUUAUAUGUGUAUAAAAUAUAACCUAUUUACGCGUCUAAUAAUGUUAUUUUAGACGUCUAUAAGUUUUAAUUUAUUACUUCUAAUAUCUAAAUUGUAUACUAUUAUGUCGUGCUAUAUCAAUAAUUAUAUACUUACCAUUUAUAACCAAUGGCGGAUGAAAAUCUAAGUUUUUCACCCCCACUCCCGAAAUUUCUUCCUUCUCUCAAUUAUUUUUUUUUAGUUUUGGUGUUGAUCAUUUUUACGGUUAAUUUUAGUAUAGUUAAAAAAAUACAUGGGAUAAUCAUGGACUAGGAUAGGUAUAGGUACGUAUCAUGGUUAUCUAAACGUGUAGAUAAUCGUGGUACGUAUAGAUAUAAUAAAAAACUAUUUUGUGAAAUACAUCUAUGGUCUAUGUCUCAAUUGAAUAUUAAUGCAUAAUUGUUAAGCUUAUUCUAUCGUAUUCCGUGGUGAUACGUAUUAGUAUUGUAGCAAUACAACGGUUGAGGAUAUGUUUGUUGUAAAUAUAAAUGAAUAUAAAAUUGUUAUUUUUAACUUUUAAAACUAUGCUUAUUGUUUAGUUCUUUUAUUAUUUGGGUUUAUGGUAUAUAUUUAGUUACAAAAUAUUUAAUUUUAUUACUACAAUUUUUUUUUAUAAUCAUCAAGAUUUAAGAGCUAAGACAAAUAUAAAAAACAGAAAUUUGGGAGAAUUAUUUUGUGUAUAAAUUUUGGUAUUCUUUACAAGUUCAGCUAUAUAGUAACCUUAUCUAACCAUUGGGGGGAGGGGGCGUGAAAAAAAAUACUAUUAGUAUAGACACCAUAGUAAAAAUAAAUGAUUAGCCGGAAAUGUAGGUUAGGUGGGUAGUAUACCUAAUAAGUUUAGGUAUACUACCCUAACCUACCAAACCUAACCUAAUCUAACCUAACCUACAAACAUAAUUUUUUUGUUUUUGUAGUUGUGAUGCAUAACGUGCUCUUUUUUAGUUAAAUAAAAUGCCACAGAUUAUUUUUUUUUCAAAGCAAAAAAUAUUUGGGUUCUUUCCGGACGUAUAUGGUCACGUUACCUAGUUAUCCUUGUUUUGAUAUGCCGUAUUAUCGAUACGGAAAUUCAUAAAUUCAUUAUCGUCAAAAUUUGAUAUUAAACGACUACUAUAUUACGUUUAACUUUUAUUUUUGACCUCAAAUUCAAUUUAUAAUGAAUCGUGUUAAGUUUUCAAACAUUCAUCAAACAAUUUUGUACUACUAUACACAAACUAAAAAAAGACGAACGUACAUUGCACAAUAGGUGGGCAACUCUUGUAGGUUGGAAGUUGGGAAAGUAGAGGAGAAAUGUAAUAUAUAUCUGUACGCAAUGAUUAAUUAUUGCUAACGGAAAACGGUUCAAAGUAGAGUUCGUUUUUACAGGUGGUCUUUUCAUACAUUUUUCCAUUUUUCAUAAUUAUUAUAAAAACUGCUAGGAAAAUAGAAAUAUUAACUGCUUAAAAAACCAACUAGAUAAAAUUGUCUUUUAAAAAAGGUGUUACACUUGGUACAAGCAAAAUUUCUGGUAGAAUUUGUAUACACAGUAAAAAAAAAAAAAAAAAAGCUUAUAUUGGGGCCACUGUUGUUGGUGAGAAGUAAGGGAGGUAGGAUACAUAAGGUUAUUUUCUUUAUAUUUAUCAACAACGAUAAACCAUUGCUUGACAAAAGACAAUUUAAAGCGCAGUUCGGUAAUACACAAUUUUAACGAUUUUCGUUUAAAUUUGAACUUUAAAUGUUUAUUAGAAAAAAUCAACUGUCCAAUGAUCUAGACAAAUCCAUCACAAAUAUCAAGUUUCAAUUCUCUUCGUGUAUUUAUAGUCGAAUUACAACAAAAUAACUACCAAAAAUUAAAAUUCCUGAAAAGCGCAAAAGUGGCGCAAAAGUUUUGGCAAUGAUACCGUAAGAAAGUAAAUUAAAAAAGUAAAAAAAUAGGUAUUUUGCGAUUUUUCGAUUUAAUCAUUUUGCUGGACGAAAACGUCGUCCAUGUUUUUAUAAAAAUAAUGAAAUCAUUAAAUUGUACGUUUUCCUUAAUUUGUUCUCACUUAAGUGCUUUUAUUUAAAAAUUGACGUAAAAUACAAUUGAGAAAACUUAAGCUUUCAGAAAAGUUACAACGUAUAAUAAUCGGAGCAAAUUUACUAGAAAAAAACGUGUACACAAACUAGAAGAAGAAAAAAAAAAUAAACAUCUUAGUAAAACCAAUAGCUCCAUCGCUACGCUCGGAAUCUCAAAUACGUAGGAUUAAUUAAUUAAAACAUCCCUGAUAAAAAAAAAAAUAAAUAAAAAACGAAAGACUAAAAAAAAUUGAACUGAAAUUCGUAUUUUACCAGGAACUUGUAUGUCCAAACACAAUUAUUUAUAACCUUCAAAUCCAUUUAAUUACGGUACUUCAUGUAAAUUCAUGUAGACCUUAAACCUUAUUACAUAUAACAUAUUUCUAUUGUUAACAUUAUGUAGUUCUCACCCCUCAACGAAAUUUCCAAAUGAAUAAAAAUGAGGCGUAGCCGGUCCUUGUUUUUAUAUUUUUUAAUUUAUUAUAGUAUAUAAAUUAUUAAUAAUAUAUUGUAUCAUUGUAUUUCAUUAUUUCUUUAAUUAUUUCACACACAUUUCAAAUAAAAAUUAUUUAAUAUUUAAUUAUUUAUUAGGUAAUAAUAUAAACUAAACGUUUAUUAAAAAAAAAAGUCGUCCGAUGAUCUAGAUGAAUCCAUCAUUAAUAACAUCAAGUUACAAAUCUCUUCGUGUAUUUUUGUUUAUGUUUUUUGUUUGUGGGCGUGGUUAUUUUUUGAUAAUGAUUGAUAGUAUUAAAAUGAUGUUUAUUUUUAUAUUUUUUUUUUAAAUAUUAAAAUAUUAAUUUUCCUUAUUGUUUUUUUAAACGAACUAAAACUGCAUCAAAAAUAAAACACAAAUAUUAAAUUAAUAUUUGUUUUAGAUUCUGAGCUGAGCGAAGAAUAUAAUAUUGGUUCUACUAUAAAGUGUGUGUAUUUUUUUUAUAUCUGCAAACCAAUUUUCUAUUAAAAAACUUAAUCCAAUAGUAAAAUACUAAGAGACCUUUUUUUUUACAUUUUUAUCUAGUUGAUCUAUUGAAAAGUUUGAUUUUCCAAGGAGCACGGUAGUUGAGAAAAAUCAGUAAAAAAUCAAACGAAAAACUGAUAAAUAUUUACAGUGACACCGUGGCAUUACCGAUUUUAAUUUUUAAAAUUUUGACGAUUUAAGUUUUUUAUCAGAUAUAAGGUUUCAAAUUUCAAAAGUAACAUAUUUUCUGAAAGAAAAUGAAUGUUUUUUAUUGUGGGCUUGGUUAUUUUUUAAAUAAUGUCUAAUUUUCUUUUAUAAUUGUACAAAAAUGGAAAUAGAUGUGGGAAAAAUUGGAUUGUUUAUGGAAAUGACAGUUUCGAUAUUUUAAAUUUUGUUUUUUACAUUACGAGCGGAGGGAAAAAUGUAUUGGUUUUACAAUGAGGUGUAUUAUUAUAUUGAUUUUUUUAUACUGUGAACACAAAUCCUACCAGAUCUCUUUUUCCAAUGUAUCACGUGUAUCGUGUGCUUCCAUCGUGUAAAAUAUGUUUGUUAUACACGUUUUUAUUUAUUACUUCUAAUAUGUUAAUUGUUUACUAUUAUGUCGUUUUAAAGAUAAUAUAUAUAACAAUUGUAUACCAUAAUUGCAAACAUUAUAAAUAUAAACUAAAACCAUGGAUUCUUAAAAAAUAGUAUAAAUAAAUGCGUAGUCGGGAAGGUAGAAUACUUGAAGUUAUUCAAUUUGUAUAUCUGUGUACAAUAUAUUAUUGUUAACAAAAUUUGCUUCUGAGAGAAGAUCAGUUCUAUAUGUUUUGAUAAACCGUAAUACACGUAGUACACACAAAUAUAAUGUUAAUGAUCUUAUUCAAUGUCUAUAAAUUAAAUAAAUUUAUAUUUACCUAACAAUAUAUAUUUGAGGUUUUUAAAAUCAAAAUAAAUACAUAAAUUAUUUUUUUUUUUUUCAAUUAAAAUGUAAAAAAUAUUUGUAAAUAUAAAUUAGUAAAUCCAAUAGCUCCACUGCUACUUCCGGUAUCUAAAAAUGUAAACAUCAUUGUAGCACCAAUACAUUCUUCGCUCCACUCAGAAUGUAAAAGGUCAUUAUUUUUACUGUAGAUUUAUAACAUAAUUAUCGCUACUUAUUUGUUUAGCUUGACUGUCCUUAACGAAUUUGAGCGCUCACAUGUAAUCGUCUUCAUAUUUCGCAGUUAAUUUAAUGUUAAUGAUAUUCAAUGUCGAUAAGUUAAAUUAAUGUAUAUUUACCUACCAACAUAUUCUUGCGGUUUUUAAAAUCAAAAUAAAUGCAUAAUGAAUUGUAUUUAUUUCUUUUUCAUUAAAAAUGUAAAAAAUUUGUAAUACGUUGUCAAAGUAAUUAAAAUUGUUUUUAUAUUUUUGAACGCAUUUUAUAUACAUUGUAAUUUAUACAAUUAAAUUUAAUGGGUGAAAUCUCAUUAGAUCCAAAAUGUUCGGUGGGGUUUCAACUAAAUUAUUUGUUGUUUUUGUUUCAGACAAAAAAUAUUUAGCGUUUCUACACAGCUGCUAUUUUGAUUUAGAAUAUGCUAAAAAGACAAUUCAGAAAUUUUACGGUUUUUAUUCCGAUAUUCCAGAAGUAUUUCAAGUUUUAGACCCAUUGGCUCAAGAGAUAGAAACUAAUUAUAAAUGUGUGUAAGUAUAUUACAUAGUGUGGAUAGACAUAAAACAAAAAGGCAUAAUAUUAUACCAUAUUAAUUAUAAAAAUAUACUCUGUAAAAUAAAUUUGGUAAUUUAUUUGUGUUGGCGAAAUCAGGAAACAGAUAUUGUUUAAUUUGACUUAAAGUUAUUUCAUUGUGAGAAUUUCGUUUUGAAAUCAAGUAAAAAUUACGAUACUCUAAUAUACCAUUGAUUUACCACCCCAGAAAAUGUGAUCAUGUAAAUUACAAAUUUAAAAGUUUAUUCAAUAUAACGUUUUUAUCUUUAACCAUUUUGGUUUUUAUUGCAGGAGCAUAGGUCAAAUGCCUUCCGUCAACAUUGACAAAAGUGAACGGUUUCUAUUCGUACAACUGAAAAACUACAACGCCAAUUUGUUCGAAUACUCUUCUAUUUUUAAAUAUCUUGCAAUGUGGAUGGACCAUACGUUAUUAAGAUAUGGGACUUGUGACGCAAUCAUUGCUGUCAUUGAUUCAAAGGGGUUGAAUUGGCGUCACAUUAUAAAGUUACCUGUUCUUUUGUGCCGUCAAAUGCUAUUAUUUCUUGAGGUAUGUACCUACGUUAAAUCGAAUAUUUGUCGGUUGUAUACAGAGCUGAGGAUUUCUAUUUGUAAGAGAUACAAAAACUAGUUAAAAAAUGAGUUGUGGGAUAAUGUUUCCCCCUUUUGUUUAUUUAAAUAAAUUUUAUUUUUGUCUACAUCACCUACAUCAUCAAGUUUUAUAUCCUUUAUAUCAGUAUUUGUACGAGGCAUACAUUUUUUUUUUUGACACAAAUUGGAUAUAAUUGAAACUAGAUAAAUUACUUCGUUUCUUUUUGUUCAAAUAUCAUAUGACGUUUUAGAACGAAGUUUGUUUAAAUAUUAUGUGUAAAUAAUGCAUACAAACUAAUUACUAAAUGAAACUGUGCAUGCACUCUUACAUUUUACAGUUAUUAAUGUUGACGGGUUAUAUUUUUAUGAGGGGUUUGUAAAAUAUUAUACUAUUUGUUGGUAUACGUUGUAUACAACCUAUAUUAUACUAACGUACUUAAUAUACAUAUUUUUUCUUAAUGUUUUUAGACUGCUUUACCGAUUCGUCUAAAAUCAAUACACGUUUUGAACACCGGAUCUACUACGCAAAUGCUAAUGAAAGUUAUCAUGCAAUUUGCGAGUAAAGAAUUACAAGAGAGGGUAAAGCCAUGUUUUUUUACACAUAUUACAUAAUAAUUUAAUAAUGAGUUUGUAUACACGUGCUUAUAUUUUUUAUAAUUAAAACAUAUGUAAAAUACAUUUAUGAAAUGUUAAAACUGAUCUCAGAAACUGCUAUGUUACAUGAGUUUCAUGACUUUUUCAGUCUAUUUAUUUUUGAAGAGCAAAAAGCAAAACAAUUACAAAUUUAAAAUACGUUAUUCAACAGAUUGUUGACAAGUUUAUCUUAAACGUGCAAAUAAUACUGUAAACCUAAUUUUAAAAAAGUGUAUUUUUUUAUAAGCACUUGCAAAAAUGAGAAUUAUUUAUUUUAUAAUUCGAAUAAAUAAGGUAAAUAUUUUUUAAAAACCCUAGAGACAAAAUACUUAUCGUAUAUUUAGUUAAGGUAUCAGAAGUUAGUUGUGUUUUUUCUGAUAAUUUUAGUUAAGUGUUAUUUUUUUCCUAAAGGAAACUAAACGCGACAUACGCAAUUAAUAUUAAACACUGCUUCACAAUUAGACGUCGACGCCUUAAGCAAAUUCUAUAAAUUACAUUUUGAGACACUAUGGGAACAAUUUCUUAUCGGUGUCCUCCUUGAUUGUGAAUAAUUUGUAUAUUUACUCUAUAUUGGCAUGUAAUAUGAAUUAAUAUUUGUUAAAUUAAGACGUAUUAAAUGUGACCAGAUUUUUGAUUUUAAACGGUUCACCUCAUUCACCCUGUUUUGACCUUAGUAAUAUUAUAACAUUAAAAACAUUAAAAUAUAAACGGCGUGACUUUUAUAAUAAUAUACUUUGAAAUAAGAACAAUACAUUUUAUCAAAUUUAGGGACAAAUUAGAGGAAAAUUAUUCACAAUCAAGGAGGACACCGAUAAGAAAUUGUUCCCAUAGUGUCCCAAAAUGUAAUUUAUAGAAUUUGCAUUGAUUGUUGCAUUAAUAAGAAAAAAUUGUUUGUAUUAGUGUUUCGUAUUGUUGAUCAUAGUAUUUGCUAUAAAUCGAUCUCUAACUUGGCAUCUAUAGUAUAUCCUGAGAGUAAAUUGUAGUGAAUAAACCAGGGAGUAAAACUGGGCUAAUCUUCUUGACCAAAAUGUAUUUUUUAAUAAUCAAUUAUUCCAUUGUUAUAAUUCGAAUUAUUGUUAUUAUUAAAAUAAUGAUAAGUGUCUUCUCUUCGUCUCCUUCGCUUUUAUCCCAACUAUUUAGAGUCUACCACUCUCGUCCUAAACUUCCACUUGACCCCAUUUUCCACUUCGUAUACAUUAGUUGUCCAUGUACUAUUCUCAACAACAUUCAGCGAUUUCGUUUUCAGUCUUCUUUUCUCCUGUUUCCUCUUACGGUUUUUUCAUUAAAAUUCAUACUGCUUUUGAUUCGUCCAUCUUCAUGACAUACUCAAUUCGCAUGAGCCUAUUUUCUUUCAUUUUGUCUACUAAAAUAUUAUGAGUUGGUAUAACACUCACGGUUAUAAAUCCAGUAGAUAACUUGUGUAUAGUACUUAUAAGUUAUUAAAUUACCCUCUUUUUGUUUUUAAUAUUUAUGAAAACGAUAUUCUUAUACGUUUUUAAAAAUACUCAUUGCAGGGCUAAUUACAAUAUUAUUUAAUUUUAAUAUUGCAAAUACCUACACACCAGUUACUCAGUUUUCAACUAAGAAAUAUAUCAUUAUUAUUUACUCAUAAUACUUGCAUAUUUAACUUGAAUAAUAUCAUGAAUACUAUCAAUUAGGUACCUAAGCAUAAUAAUGAGUGAUUAACUUCGUUAAGUGAAAAUAUUGUUCAUCAAGAUUUAUAAUAUUGUAAUGAAUUUAUACAUAUUAUGUUACAGUCUAUUGUUGACGGAAUAAUAAUUAUAAUUAAGUAUAACUAUAACUUUCAAUUUCUAUCACAUCAUAUACCUAUAUACUACCUCGUCAUUACUACCAUUGUUUUGUACAAAGUUUUGUUAUUAAAUGUCUUUUUCUGUUUCUCCAAACUCUUAUACUCUGUUUUAUCUCUUCUUACACUUAGUUCUUUUCCUUUAAGUGCUACUGUUCAUUUCUCAAGCCUAUUGUAAACUUUGUCUAAAUUUUAUCCUAUUAAAGAUAUAUUAUCUACCAAUGUAUUAUGGUAUCAUUUUUUAUGGACAAACCUCCAACGUUUUGUUUAGAAUACCUCAUACUGUUUCACAUCGAACAGGUAGAGCUACCGUGGGAGUAUUCCGACCCUUUUCUACAGGGAGAAUGGUAUUAUCAAUUAUAAGGAGAAUCCCUUCUGUUGACUUAAUAUGAAUUCAUUUAUUGAUAUUGAUUAUUACCAAUAAAUAUUAAAUAUACAUUUUUGACCACUUACACUUGCCCACCAAAUUUCAACCAUAACGCAUAGGCGUAGGUAUUGAAAAACACUUUGCCGUAACUUUGAUGUAUUGUCUAAAAAUGUUAUCAUAAAUUAUUUCAUGAAUGAUUAAAGAGAUAAUAUACCAGAAAAUAUGACUAGAAUGUACAUGAAAUGCACUUAGAUAUUUGCCUAUAUAAUUUGACAAAAUAUAGUUUAAGUUUGUCCAUAAUUAUUAAUUACCAAUUUAAUUAUUUACGUUACAUUUGUUCGUAGAUAAAAUUGUACUCACCCGGUUCGGAGGAAAUCUUUAGCUACGUGCCGAGAAAAGUAAUGCCCGUAGAAAUAGGAGGAUUAGGAAAAUCGCAUAAUCACUAUAACGGUAUUUAUAUUACAUACUAUAUAAUAUAUAGCAUGGUUAGAAUUCUAUCGAAAAAAAACUAAUAUUAUACAUUUUUUUUUUAGAUGAAUUGUACAAUCAUUUAAUAGAUAUUCGUCCAAUUUUUCUCGAACGAAAUGAAAUACUGAAUAAACAUAGAAUGAACCAGAAUUAA